AUGGAUCAGCAGAAAUUUCUCCAGCAGUUGGCCAUUGUUCUUGAUCCCAAGAAAGGCAAUGUCAAAACUGCAACCAAUAUCCUCCAGAAUGAAUUUUACAAGCAGCCCGAGUCCCUACUCUUCCUAGUCCAACUCAUCAUCUCCCACGACAGCACCGAACUCAAGCAACUCGCUGCUACCCAAGCCAAACCUCUAGUCUCCAAGCACUGGACCAAGAUUUCCCCCGAGCAGCGGGAACAUGCACGCAAUCAACUUUUCCAGGCAACAUUGUCCGAGUCCUCUUCCCUCGUUCGACACUCUGCCUCUCGUUUAAUCAGUGCUAUUGCAAAGAUUGACCUGGAUGACGGCGAAUGGCCAGAGUUACCAGGAUUACUACAACAGGCCGCAACGAGCACAAAAGCAGCCGAACGUGCAGUGGGUGUCUAUGUUCUAUACAGCAUUCUCGAGACCAUUGGCGAUGGUUUCAGUUCCAAAUUCAAAGAACUCUUUGCCCUCUUCAGUAAAACCAUAAGAGAUCCUGAGAGCUUGGAGGUUCGAGUCAACACCAUGCUCGCAAUUUCCAAAAUGGCCAUGGUGGUUGACGCAGAGGAAGACCACUCUUCGAUCAAAUCGUUUCAGAACAUCUUCCCUGAUAUGGUUGCAGUGCUCAAAGACACCAUUGACUCGGGAAAAGAUGACUACAUCAUGUUGACCUUUGAGGUUUUCAACACUCUAUUGACAGCCGAGUAUCAAUUACUCUCCAAACAUUUCCAAGAUCUCGUGGCUUUCAUGACUCAACUAGCCACCAACACUGAAGCGGCAGACGAAACAAGAACUCAAGCCAUUAGCUUUCUCAUGCAGUGCGUGGUGUACAGACGACUUCGAGUCCAGGGUGCCAAGAUGGGCGAGCCACUGACCAAGAGCAUGCUUCAAGUCAUUACCGAGAUCGAUGAUGCUUCGGCUGAUGACGAUGAUAUCACUCCAGCCCGCUCAGCCUUGGGUUUGAUUGAUACCAUGGCACAGAGCCUACCCGCAAGUCAAGUUGUCGUCCCCAUCCUCGAUGUUCUACCACAGUACUCCAAGAGUCAAAAUCCUAAAUACCGUCAAGCUGGUAUUCUAGCCCUCGGAUUCGUUGUUGAGGGCGCUCCCGACUUUUUAAGUACACAACUGAGUUCGGUGCUUCCACUUCUGUUCACCUUGCUCGAGGAUUCCGAAGUCACCGUCCGACAAGCAGCUCUUCAAACGACAGCCCGACUCGCUGAUGACCUGCCCGACGACAUCACAAAACAACACGAAAGACUCAUACCCCUUUUGGUGAAGAACCUAACAGCAGCUAUGAGCAUCUAUAAUGGCGAGGAAGAAGGACCCGCCAUCGACAUCAUGAAGUCCGCUACAAGUGCCAUUGAUGCAGUUGUUGAUGGCAUGGAUGCUGGUGAUGCCGUCUCAUACUUGGACCAGAUCGCACCACUGUUGCAAAAGUUGUUCAAGCACCCGGAUUCCAAAAUCAAGGCUCUGGCCGCUGGCGCGCUUGGGUCAUUGGCCUCUACAGUGGAGGCACCUUUCCUGCCAUACCUUGCCGAUUCCAUGAACGCAAUGCAGGAGUUCAUCACAAAGAAAGAAAGCGAAGAGGAACUCGAACUACGUGCCAGCUGCACAGACGCCAUGGGCGAGUUUGCCGUGGCUGUUGGUGCGGCUGAAUUCAAAAACUAUGUUCAUCCUCUGAUGCAAACUAGUGACGAAGCCCUACAAUUAGACCAUUCCAGAUUGAAAGAGAGCACUUACAUUCUCUGGGGAUCUCUCGCCAAGGUGUAUGAGGAAGAUUUCUCUCCAUUCCUCGGAGGCGUCGUCAAAGGUCUUUUUGACUGUGUCGAUCAAGAAGAAGCCGAUCUCGAAGUUGAACUUGGUGACAGUGCAAAAGAUCUCCUUGGAAAGGAGGUCACCAUCGCUGGACGCAAAGUCAAGGUCGCUGCCGCCGAUAGUGACAGUGAUGACGAUGCCGAAGAUGGUGAUAUUGAAGAUGUGGAUAUUGAUGAGGACGAUGACAGUGACUGGGGCGAUCUUGCAACCGUCACCCCGAUUGCGCUCGAGAAAGAGAUUGCUAUAGAGGUCAUUGGUGAUGUCGUUUCCAACACAAAGACUGCAUUCUUGCCCUACUUCGAAAAGACGGUCGAAAAGCUCCUUCCACUGGUUGAGCACAAUUACGAAAACGUGCGCAAAGCAACUCUCAGCACUUUACAUCGAGCUUAUGCCGCGCUCUACGAUAUUUCUGAAGAAUCUGGGCAGCUACCAAAAUGGAAAGCUGGUCUACCACUCCAGGUUGAGCCAACACAAGAACUGCAGAAGUUUGGUGAAAUUCUGAUGGCUGCUACCCUAAAUGUGUGGCCAGAAGAAGAAGACGCAGCCACUGUUACCGAAAUAUCGCGAGCCCUUUCCGAGAACCUCAAGAUGACCGGACCUGCACUACUCUCCUGUCCUGAUGUCCUGACCAAGAUCGUUCAAACCGUCACUGAUCUUAUCACGAAGCAACAUGCAUGCCAAAUUGAUGCAGCAGAAGGUGCUAUGGACGAGGAGGAUCUUGAAGGCACAGAGAUGGAGUGGGUCAUCGUCGACAGUGCAAUGGAUGUCAUUUCUGGUCUCGCCGCUGCUUUGGGACCAAACUUUGGUGAGCUGUGGAAGAUCUUCGAGAAACAAGUCCUCCGAUAUGCUAGUGGUGCUGAAUCUCUCGGCCGAGCUUCAGCCUGUGGCGUCUUAGCAGAGACCAUCACCGGCAUGGAGGGCGCAGUUACCCCAUACACAUCAUCGAUCAUGACCAUUCUGUUGAAGCGCUUGGGUGACGAAGACAACCAGACAAAGUCAAAUGCUGCAUACGCCAUAGGCCGAUUGGUAGAAAAGUCGAAUGACGAUGCGACCGUUCUCAAAGCAUACCCGCAGAUCCUCUCGAAACUCGAGGGCGUUCUUCAUGUCACAGAAGCACGGUGUAUGGAUAACGCUGCAGGCUGCGUCUCACGGUUGAUUCUCAAGCAUAAGAAUAAGGUUCCUGUUUCUCAAGUUCUGCCAGUCCUGGUCGAAAGCGGUAUCCUUCCCCUGAAGGACGAUUACCAGGAGAAUGAGCCUGUAUGGAAGAUGAUUAUCCAGUUAUACCGUGAUCAAGAUGAAACGGUCCAGCGACUGACACCCAAGUUGGCACCUAUCAUGGUCAGCGUGCUAGGCGAGCCCGAGGAGCAAUUGACCGAAGAAGUUCGUGAGCAAUUACAAGCCUUGGUUGAGCAUCUGAAGAGCAUCCACUGA